AUGUCGGACGUCGAGGAUGCAGCCUCCAGCUUGAGCUCGUGUCUUUCAAGCGGCUGUGACUCCGAGGACCUUUCGGAUGCUUCCUUCAAGCUCGAGGCUUUCCAAAAUCGGUUUAGCGAUCUCUCGACCCAGUGUACCAGCUCUGAUUCCUCCAAAGGCGCUGCUAACUCCAACGUCCCUGGCCUCAAAGCAAUGUUCGCUUCCGGAGCUCUGCUUUUCGGUGCGUCGAUGAUUUAA